CGGACUGCGGGCUGCUGGUGGGCGCAGCCUUGGAGGCAAGGCUGCAGACUUCCAUGACUGCCUUGGGUUCAGGGACGCCCUCACAUUCUCCCAGGCCUGUGCCGGGUGGGCUGUGUUGGGCCCGAGCCUCGCGCGCCCCCUAAGCCGAGGCCGCCAAGCUCGUUCCUACUGGGGCGCGAUCGGGUGUCGCGGUUGCUUUCUGGAGAGGACCGCCGUGUUGGGUUUGUGAGGUUAGAGACACAAGGCCGUCACCCUUCAGCUCUAGGUUAGGAAUCUCGUUCCUACUUUUCUUUUUUUUUUUUUUUGAGAUGGAGGUUUGCCCUGUCGCCCAGGCUGGAAUGCAGUGGCGCGAUUUUGGCUCACCGCAACCUCCGCUUCCCGGGUUCGAGCGAUUCUCCUUCCUCAGCCUCCCUAGUAGCUGGAUUACAGGCGCGCACCACCACACCGGCCUAAUUUUGUGUUUUUGGUAGAGAUAGGGUUUCUCCACGUUGGUCGGGCUGGUCUCGAACUCCGGACCUCAAAUGAUCCGCCUGCCUUAGCCCCCCAAAGUGCUGGGAUUACAGGCGUGAGCCACCACGCCCGGCGUUCCUACUUUUCAUCAGCACAUACAUCAUGAGUUCUGCCUGAUUCCACGGUGACCCCUGGAAAUCCACAAUCAGAUUGAGAUAAGAUCCUUUAGUGAAGUGACUUAGCCUGGUCUCUUGCCAGCUCUUUCACGGGGAACAGCGCUAAUCGCCUACUUAGUCUAAGUCAUGAUGCACGGAUUUGCUGCUAAUCGUCGGAUCUGAGAGUGGGAACAAGAAAUCUGGACUUGUGCUCUCCAUCCACUUAGAGCAAGUCUGGGAAAAUAAGUCUGAGCAAAAGGUCUUUGUUCCUUAAGCCUCUGUCGGACAGCAGGGGGAGAUCGUAGACAAAUGAAGCACUUAAUCUCAGGCCGAGUGCCUGGGAAGGUGGUUUCUGUAUGGUGUUGUUUAUGCUAAUAGGGAGGGACAGGAAAUUGUUUUAAACUGGCCAAGAAUUUCUUGAAGUGCUUUGGAGAACGUCGACCUCUAAGAGCAGGGUCUGUUGGAGAAGAGAUGUUUUGGCCUCAUUUGCCCUUUUCUCCCAGUCCCAUUACACACCCACUCCCCCACUUCCCCCGCAUUGGAAUCUCCAACUGCUGCAGGUCCUCCUCCUUACUGUGCGCCUAGCACUCAGGCCAGCUGUUGCUGGUCUCUGCAGGGGCUGUAGCUCCUGUCUGCUCUGUGCUCUGCACAGUCUGACACUGCUUGUAAGGCUGCUGUCAGUAUUCCACUAAAGACAUCUGUUGGCCUCCUCUGGUCUCUCCUUCCUCUGAGCCUCUGAGUGGGUCCAGUGUCAUUGAGGCCCCCGAUCACCUAGGAAGUCUCUUGCCUCCCUAAGACUUGUAUGCUGAGGUUAAAAUUAUCCAAGUAAAGACUUCCCAAGAGAGAGUACUCUUUUUUUUCUUUUUUCAUGCAAUACUACACAGCCAUAGAGUAUAGACUCUUAAGACAUAUGCAGAGAAACCUGUUACUUAGAAACUUCUCCUUGGCCAGGCGUGAUGGCUCAGGCCUGUAAUCCCAGCACUUUGGGGGGCUGAGGUGGGCAGAUCACCUGAAGUCAGGAGUUUGAGACCAGCCUGGCCAACAUGGUGAAACCCCAUCUCUACUAAAAAUACAAAAUGAGCCAAGUGUGGUGGCACAUGCCUGUAAUCCCAGCUCCUUGGGAGGCUGAGGCAGGAGAAUCGCUGGAACCCAGGAGGUGGAGGCUGCAGUGAGCCCAGAUCAUGCCACUGAACUCCAGCCUGGGCAACAGAAUGAGACUUCAUCUCAAAAAAAAAAAAAAAGAAGAAGCUUUUCCUUAGGCUCACUGAAGUACUUGGCAAAAUUGAUUUGCUCCAGGGAUUUGCUAGGGAGGAGAGAGGAAGGCAAUAUGGUGUUGUUAUCUCUUUCAUGUUUUAAAUUCAUCUGCCCUUGUGGUGCUGAGGCCUAGCACAAGGUAAAAUCUGAGUCCCCAGGAUCUUCCUGGUGGUCUUAGGAACACUUGGGGUGAAAAGUAGGGUGGUAAGUUGCUGACUGAGCCAUAGAUGAUCAAAGUUGUGUGUGGGUAGCUGGAGGAGCUGAUGGAGUUAAUCCAUUCAGCCCCCUGACCUUCCCUUGCCUGACCCGGAAGUCUUGGGCUCCCUUCGGCACCUCUGCUAUGUCAGCAGCACCAGGGCUGCCAGCUGUUUACGGCUGUGCGCUUGCCUGGAGGAGCCAGUCUGCGGUGCGGUUUCCUGCUUCAGUGGACAAAGCAUCCACGUUGUGACUUGGAAUGUGGCCUCAGCAGCACCCCCUCUAGAUCUCAGUGACCUGCUUCAGCUGAACAACCAGAAUGCAAAUCUUGACAUAUAUAUCAUUGGUUUGCAGGAAUUGAACUCUGGAAUCAUAAGCCUCCUUUCCGAUGCUGCCUUUAAUGACUCAUGGAGCAGUUUCCUCAUGGAUACGCUUUCCCCUCUGAGCUUCAUCAAGGUCUCCCACGUGCGUAUGCAAGGGAUCCUCUUACUGGUCUUUGCCAAGUAUCAGCAUUUGCCCUAUCUCCAGAUUCUCUCUACUAAAUCCACCCCCACCGGCCUGUUUGGGUACUGGGGGAACAAAGGAGGAGUCAACAUCUGCCUGAAGCUGUAUGGCUACUACAUCAGCAUCAUCAACUGCCACCUGCCUCCCCACAUUUCCAACAAUUACCAGCGGCUGGAGCACUUUGACCGGAUCCUGGAGAUGCAGAAUUUUGGGGGACAAGAUAUUCCCAACAUCCUGGAUCAUGACCUCAUUAUCUGGUUUGGAGACAUGAACUUUCGCAUCGAGGACUUUGGGUUGCACUUUGUCCGGGAAUCCAUUAAAAAUCGGUGCUACAGUGACCUGUGGGAGAAGGAUCAGCUCAGCAUUGCCAAGAAACAUGACCCACUGCUCCGGGAGUUCCAGGAGGGCCGCCUGCUCUUCCCACCCACCUACAAGUUUGAUAGGAACUCCAGCAACUACGACACCAGUGAGAAGAAACGAAAGCCCGCAUGGACAGACCGCAUCUUGUGGAGGUUGAAGCGGCAGCCCCAGGCCGGCCCCCACACCACUGGACUGCCAGCCCCAGACUUCUCCCUGUCUCAGAGGAGCUAUGGCAGCUACAUGACGUACACCAUCAGUGACCAUAAGCCUGUUGCAGGCACUUUCGACUUGGAGCUGAAGCCGUUGCUGUCUGCUCCACUGAUCGUUCUGAUGCCAGAGGACCUGUGGACCCUGGAGAACAACCUGAUGGUCAGCUACUCCUCAACCUCAGACUUCCCCAGGAGCCCGUGGGACUGGAUCGGACUGUACAAGGUGGGGCUGCGUGACAUUCAUGACUACGUGUCCUACAUCUGGGUUGGGGACAACCAGGUCUCCUUCAGCAACAACCUGAACCAGGUUUACAUUGACAUCAGCAACAUCCCUGCAACAGAAGAAGAGUUUCUCCUCUGUUACUACAGCAACAACCUGCGUUCUGUAGCGGGGAUAAGCAGACCCUUCCAGCCCUUUUCCCAGAGAAGAUGCCUCUGGGAGCCUUCGAGUGCCUGUCCUGUGUCCCGAGGCUGAGGCCCACUGCACUUGCUCUGUGCUGCAAGAACCAUCCAGAACCGUCCCCUGGCUUCCCACAGGCCAGAACAUUGUGACUGUUACAUUGUGCAGGGGGAAUUAGAAGUGUGGCUUUUA